AUGGUACAUGGACUAAGUGAAUUCCAGGGUGCAGAGAAGCAGAUUGCAGAGACAAAAGGUCACUAUAGGGCUAAAAAUGAGUUUGGGGGAGAGAACUCCGUGGAUAUAGGCACGGUUGGAGAUAUACACGGGUGUUAUCAUGGAGCAUAUGGUGAUGAGGAGGCCAGAAGUGAAAGCGAAGAAUCGGACUUCGGGACCAUCGAUAAUUUGAAGAUUCAGGGAAAACAAGCGACAGCAACGUCUUCAGAUAUGCCGCUGCUAGUUUCGGGACGUAAAGCAGCUAGGUCCUUGAGACUAUUUCGCGGGGAUGGGAAUCGUGAUAUUGAGAGUUUGAUAGAAAUGCCCACGCCAGAAGGUGACAAUAAACCGCAAGAGGUAGCGCACGAGGCCAUUUCCAACGGUGGAAGUGGUAAUAAAAACGCUGAUUUUAGCGGGACAAAAAUCAGACUAUCACCCGAUCCCACCACCACUACGGUAACCUCCAAACUACCAGAAAAUGAUGCGAGCAAAAUAGUUGGGUUGGAGCCAGUGUCGUCGGCGACAUACUUUCCCCAUACACCAGCCGAUCAGAAAUAUAUCAAAUAUACCAUAGUGGAUGCUGAUGGAACGUCAACUAAAACACGCCACUUGACAGCCGAUUUGGAGUUCGACCAUUCUACUGAUGGUGAUAUUACAAAAAUACAAAAAUACGCCGGCCAUAAGGACGAAAUUGACAACCUUGCACAGAAUUUGGACUCAGCGAAGAUAAAAAGUGAAUAUCAAGAUAAUAACAAAUCAGUUAAGUUUGGCACGAACCAGUUCAUUAGCCCGAAUGUUAAAGAGCAAGAUCAAACUGUGAAUACAUCAGAAAAGGAUAAAAUCGACGAAGACGAGGUAGAAGGGUUGCCUGAUUUAACGAUAGACGAAGAGGUAUUUCCUUUGGCAGUGGAGUUAAGGCCUUUCAAGAAUAAGGUUGGUGGACAUACUGCAAUUUUCCGAUUUUCACGUAAAGCAGUAUGUAAAGCAUUAAUGAAUAGAGAGAAUUUAUGGUACGAGGUAGUAGAGUUACGACUCCCUGAAUUAUUGAGAUUCAUGCCAAAAUAUAUCGGUGUCUUAAAUGUCAGGUAUUCAAGCUUGAUUACAGAAGACCCGAUGAGUCAAACACCGUCGAGGAAAACUAGCAUGGUUGAAGAAAAUAUGCAUCAUAAGAAGAAGGACUAUAAUUUCGGCAGUACGUUGAUAAAUGAAGACGAUGAGUUACCUCCAGAAGUUGUCCUUGAUGAUAAUAAGCAUAUCAUACCAGAUUUAUUAUGGAAGCAGUAUUCGACGUCUGCACCAUCUCCUAAUGAAUCAUUGAUACAAAAGCUGAACAGUGGUAACUCAUUAGAGGCGUCUUCAUGUAAAAAUUCAGUAUCAUCAUCUAAUACGUCAAUAACAAACUUUGUUCCAGCAUCUCCUCGAAAUAACGAAGUUUGGUCGACAUCUAUUAAUAAAGACUUGCAAGUACAAGUAAUUCAAGAAGUGUUUUCAUCAUCACAUAAGAAGAAGAAAUCAGAGACAGGUGACGAAAUAUUCUCUAUGGAUGACGAGAAUGCUAUUGUUGACUUAGAUAGUAGCCAGUAUUCUCAUGGGGAUGACGAUUUCACAGAAGAAAGGCGGCAUCUCCCUGCUCGUCGUAGUUCAUCUAUGUCCUCACCAAGACAUCACUCACAAAUGUUAAGAAAACACACAAGGUUUGAAAGAUUUAUUCUAUUAGAGGAUUUAACAGCAGAUAUGCAAAAGCCAUGUGUUCUUGAUUUGAAAAUGGGCACGAGGCAAUAUGGAGUUGAGGCUAAUCCAAACAAGCAGAAGUCACAGCGCAAUAAGUGUUUGAACACCACUUCAAGGUGCCUUGGUGUUAGGAUCUGCGGACUACAAGUAUGGAACUUACGACAUGAAAAAUAUUACAUCAAGGAUAAAUAUUUUGGUAGAAAGGUCACGAAGGGAAAGGAUUUUAGCAAAGUCCUAUCGAAAUUUUUGUAUGAUGGAAUGCUGAUAUAUUCAAUUCUCAUCAAAAUACCUAGCUUGAUUGUUCAGUUGCAAGAAUUAUAUGAAACCUUCAGGACACUUAUCGACUACCGUAUGUAUGGAUCAUCCAUUUUGUUAAUGUAUGACGGUAUCGAUCAUAAGGAUGAUAUUAAAGUAAGAAUUAUCGACUUUGCACAGUCGGUUAUUGCUGGAGAAAGUCUUCCACAAACGACAACAAUUCCGCCAAGUAAUAGAGGGUUACCGGACAUGGGAUAUUUACGAGGGUUAAAUUCGCUCAUAGAAUAUUUCAAGACAAUAUUCAAGAUUUUGUCGGGAGUAGAAUAUGUUCUGUAUGAUAAGUCGAAAAUCAUAGUAGAAACCAAUAAGGACAGGUUACAGAAAAUGGAAAAUAAGUGGUUGGAUGAAUAUGUUGACGCUGAAGAUUCUUCGGAUGCUUCUGGAGACCAGUUCGAAUGCGAGUAUCCUGACUACAAGUAUUCUGAUGAAGGCGGAAUAUCUGAAUAA